GCCUCGCGCGCUCCGCAACAGUUGACUCGGGUUGGUAGGACACAUCCCAUAACGCUGCUCCACCCAGCGCGGGUAUGGGCUGUGUGUGUGUGUGUGUGUGUGUGUUGGAGCGCAGAAACACUCCGGUAAGCAUGCACCAGAGGCGCACUCAAACUUUCCGAAAGCGCUGGUGAGUUUGGUGUGAGGACAAAGUCCCCUGCGUGCGUGAAAAAACCAACUUAGCGCGGCUUUAUCAUCAGAAAUGCUCCAAAGAUGGCGGUAGCGUCUGCGGCUUCCGGCAUGCGCGUGCAGAAAAGUGGAUUUGUGGAAGUGCUCGUGCGGGAGCGAUGGCACCGGGUGCUGGCCGAGCUGAGUGAUGAGGCGCUCGCGCUCAGCUGCGAGGACGCGGCCGGAAGCGGCGAUGUGAACGGCGUGGUGAACGGGUCGCGCGCGAGUCCCGACAGUCCCGAGACGGGUGCGAGGACUGCUGGGGCAGAGUCGCCCGAGCGCGUGCCCGAGACCAUCGCCAACAGGAAGCGAUGCGUAAGGGUCGUGAAGCAGGACGUGGGCGGCCUGGGCAUCAGCAUCAAAGGAGGGAAGGAGAACAAGAUGCCCAUACUCAUCAGCAAGAUCUUCAAAGGGCUGGCCGCGGACCAGACGCACGCGCUGUACGUCGGGGAUGCGAUCCUGUCGGUGAACGGUGUGAACCUGCGCGACGCCACACACGACGAGGCUGUGCAGGGGUUAAAGCGAGCCGGCCGUGUGGUCACACUGGAAGUGAAGUACAUGAGAGAAGCCACACCAUAUGUGAAAAAGGGUUCUCCAGUGGCAGAGAUUGGCUGGGAGACCCCUCCACCUGAAUCACCUCGGCUCGGCAGCCCCCACCGUGAAGUGCCCCCCAGUCCGCCUUCACUGUCCCUGCAGGGAGACUGCAGAUACAUCCCGCUCAAAAUGUGCUACGUGACGCGGGCUAUGACCAUCCCUGAUCCCGAAAAUAGGCACUUGGAGCUACAUUCUCCUGACGCAAAGCACACGGUGGUGUUGCGGUGUUUGGACACCAGUUCAGCUCAGGCCUGGUUCGAGUCCAUGCAGUCUGCUACCAUUAACCUCAUGAACAAGGUGAUGUCUGAGCUCAGUGAAGCAGCCAGGAACGGCAUCGGGGCGAGUCAUGAGCUACGCCACCUCGGCUGGCUGGCAGAGAAGACGGAGAGCGAGAGGCCACGCUGGAAGCCAGUGGUGGUUGUGGUGACUGACAAAGACCUGAUGCUGUAUGACAGCAUGACACGUAUGAAGGAGAACUGGCUGAACCCAGCACACACGUAUCCUCUACUUUCUACCCGGUUGGUACACUCUGGUCCAGAUAGAGGGUCACCCCAGCCAGGUGGGGAACUAUCCUUCGCUACACGCACAGGCACAAGACUGGGCAUCGAGACCCAUGUUUUCCGAGCUGAGACCUGUAAAGACCUGUCACUGUGGACCAGAUACAUCGUCACUGGCUGCCACACCGCUGCUGAGAUGAUCAAAGAAGUGACUACCAGCUGCAUGUAUAAGGGUCAGGACUGCAGGCUGGUCAUUCACUAUGAGCUGGGCUUCUCUGUGCUGGCUGAAGGAGAGCCUCCUCAUGGCCAUCCUCUAUUCAGCUACCCCUUUGAGAAACUCCGAAUGUCCUCAGAUGACGGAGUGCGGAUGCUCUAUUUGGAUUUCGGAGGCAAAGAGGGUGAAAUUCAACUGGACCUGCACUCGUGUCCUAAGCCUAUUGUCUUCAUUCUUCACUCCUUCCUUUCAGCGAAGAUCGCCAGACUGGGUUUACUGGCCUGAAAUGAACUUCUGAACUGUUUAAUGAAACUCCCCAUCAAGGACUCGGCUGGUCCCGGAGGGGAGACGACAAGAGAGUUUCUAAAUGUACGAUCUGGACAAGACAAAACAGAACCGAAAUGUCUGAAAGACUAGUAAGAAAAAGAGCAGUGGUAAAUAUCCAUCAGUUACAUUUUUUUUUCCAAGCAGUGAUCUGAUUGGUCUAUUUUUAGAGUGAAACACAAAUCAAUUCCACACACGCUGAUUUACACUCGGACAAAAUGAUCAAACUCUGAAUGAACACUAAUUUGUGAUCAGCUGUACACAAACUAGUAGCUUUAGAGUUCAUCCGAUUGAGCAGUAUUAAGCACUUAACAUGACUGAUAAAAAGACGCAUCUGUAAUGGAUCUGUGCAAGUAGAUCUGUCUUAUGAUUCUGGCAGCUAAUUAUGAUUAUAGAAUGACUUGUUUUGAAUCCUGUAAGUUCACAGAUUAAAAGUUGCACAGUGUAAAAA